GGAAGAGAUCCCUGUCCUGUCCUGGAAGAACCAGAAAGGAAGUCUGCUCAAGAAAUAACCUUGGAAGAUGGUGGCCAUGAAGACCUUCUCUCUGCUGCUGGUGCUCCUGUUCUUGGCAGUGGGGCUUGGAGAGAAGGAAGAGGGUCGCUCCAGAUCCUAUACUAAGGUGAGUGGCCCCCAACCUCGAGGCCCAAGGUAUGCUGAGGGGACUUUCAUCAGUGACUACAGUAUUGCCAUGGACAAGAUUCGCCAACAAGACUUUGUGAACUGGUUGCUGGCCCAAAAGGGGAAGAAGAAUGACUGGAAACACAACAUCACCCAGAGGGAGGCCCGGGCCCUAGAGCUGGCCAGUCAAUCUAACAGGAAGGAGGCAGCAGUUGGGCAGCAGAGCUCCCCACCCACAAACCCCAGUGAUGAAGAUUUCCUAAGGGACUUGCUGAUUCAUGAGCUGCUGGCCUGGAUGGUGGAUCAGACAGAGCCCUGCAGGCUCAGGUCUCAGUGACUCUGACUAAGCCCAGGACUGGACUCUGCCCUUCCCUUACUCAGCUCCUGCCUUAGCCCCUCUAGCGAACCCAAGAGAAGGCAAACCAAUAAAGUUUACACUGGGAUAAA